AUUUGGGACCUCGACAACUACUGUCUGCGCCAAGUCCUGGAUGCCCAAGCCUCCGACCGCUUCUACGACGAGGACGGCGUGUUUGUUGGUGCCUCAGGCGGGGUCAGGCGAGUCGGUGGCAUAACCGUCAUCGAGGUGUCAUCAGAAAACGCGCACGUGUUCUUUUUCGGCACAAACGGUGGCUACGUGGGCUACGCAACGUGGGACCCCUCGUGCGGGGCCAGCGGUCAGCCGCAGCGCGAUUGGUGCAUCCGUGGGGUGUGGGCAGCGCACCCCGCGGGCCAUGGCGUCAGCUGUCUGGUGUCGCGUCGCUCCCACCCCAGCCUCCAGCGUUUCCCACCUCUCGCCUCCUUGAAACCGUUCCUGCGGCAACCCACCAACGAGGACCUCGCGGUGAUUAGUGGCGCCGAGGACGGCUCCUUGGCACUCGUUCAAACCCGCCAUCUACAGUUUCAGCGCUUCGUCUGGAACGCCAGCCCGGUUCUCUGUGUCGACUUCUUCCAGUCCACAAUUGUUGUCAGUCAGGAGUCAGGUCAAGUGCGGAUGCUGAGGGUGGGUCCGAUCUUCCAGACUGUGGACCAACAGCGUCACCAGAACCUUCGUGUUGAAGCGGUGGAAUUGUGUGUGACUGGCGGCGGCGGCUGGGGACCUCCUGCUUCCAGCAGGAGGGCCGGACCCACCUGGGUCAGGCUCUUCAAGCUCUCUGCCCCAUCCACGGUGUUUCGGCUGGUGACCUACUGCUCCGGUGGAGAUGUCGCCCUCUGGACCAUCCGUGGAAGCACGUGCCUUCUGAUUCGCCGAUUCCCCGCUAACACGCCGGAAUUUGCACUUCCAGCGCCAAUCAUCGAUGUGAAUGAUCGUGUGGUUUUCGGUGACCAAGGCUACUUGCGUCUGGUGAACCCGCGGACGGCCAAGUACGAGCGCUCACUGCACCUCCUGCCCCCAGCAGCCUCCACCACCGCUGGUGCGGUUCCCCAUCGACGUCGACGGUGGGAGAAGGGUCUGGGUCCAGUGGGACUGUCAGGCAGCGACUCCCGACGCCACUUCAUCGUCGGCCUCGCGGACAGUGCUCGGACCCUCUUCGUAGUGCCUAAGUCCAUCCUGCACAACUGA